AUGAAGGUACUUGUUCUACGUUUCUAUUUCUUUGAAGAAACCAAAGACACACACACACACUUGGCAACGUAACAUUUAACUUUUUUCAAAAUCUUUCAAAGUCGUUCCGUUUCAAGGUCUACGUCGCUUUCGCCCUGCUGAUGGCCACGGUGAUGGCAGAGCCACCGAGGUAUCGUCCGCAGCAGCAGAGACAAUUCUAUAUCGCCAGGCAACAAGAAGAAACCACCACCGCGGACAACGCACCUUACCCACCUUCCGGUUGGAGACCAGCCGGUCCAGCCUUCAAUCUUCCCCAGAGAACACCUCAGAGACAAUACGGGGCACCUAGUGCACCUCAACAGCAGUACGGGGCACCUGCUGCUGCUCCUCAGCAACAAUACGGGGCACCUAGCGCACCUCAACAGCAAUACGGAGCACCUAGCGCACCUCAACAGCAGUACGGAGCACCAGCGGUUCCUCAACAGCAAUAUGGAACACCUAGUGCACCUCAACAGCAAUAUGGAGCACCUAGCGCACCUCAACAGCAGUACGGAGCACCAGCGGUUCCUCAACAACAGUACGGACCACCGCAAGAAACUACCACUGCUGAAGUACCAACUACCACCGAGGCAGAGGAUGCUACCACUAGUGUCACUGGCAUCACCGAUUCCGAGUCCGAGCCCGUCAACAGCGUGAACGAGCUCGACGACGAGGACGUCGACGAACAACAGCCGCAACAGUCCGGCGAGUACUACGUGGCCCUUCCCGAUGGCCGUCUGCAACGCGUACGUUACGUCAGCCGUCAGAACAUCGAGGCGAUGAAGUACUUCGCCAAGAUCCGCGCGGAGAACGUGGAACCUCUCCGCGGGCCCAUCUACGCGUACGCCCCCCUGCAAAAGUUGCAGAUCGUGCCAGCUGGACUGCAACUGUCCGUCGCUCCGGUUUCCUCGAUCGCACCGCAAGCACCGUCGGCAGCCGACUCGAAGCCGCAAAAAUUGGAGAUUCAACCGGUCGCGACGCAAGUGCAGUAUCAGUACGACAAUCCCGCCGGAGUGCUCCCGUUGGCCGCAUACGCUGGAUCCAGCGACUCUAGAUACCUUCUAACCUUGCCGUAA